AUGGAAAGUGAUGAAGCUGGAGCCCCGGAAGAACCAGAAAUGAGGCCAGUCAAUCAAGCAGACAUGAAUGAAGGUGAGGCUACAGCACACACCCCGGAGGCCUUUGUCCAUGAGGUCAGCAAUGUUCAACACAUACCUGCGGAGUGGUCUGAAGUCCUACAGGCCAUGGACACACUCCCACCUGAGCAGUGCAGUGACACCCUCAGCUCCCCAGCCCAAACUAUCCCCCCCAAGCAGGCUGACACCCCCAAUUCCCCAACCCAAAACAUCCUGCCCAAGCAGGGUGACUUUCUCAGUUCCUCAGCAAAAACCACCCCAUCCGAGCAGGCUGGCACCCCCAAUUUCUUAACCCAAACCGUUUCACCAAAGCAGGGUGACACUCCCAAGUCCCCAGAAAAAAUCAUCUCGCCAAAAGAGGGUGAAAUUCUCAAUUCCCCCCUCAAAACCAUUCUGUGCAAGCAGGGCAACACCCUCAAGCUCUCAGCCAAAACCAUUCUGUCCAAGGAGGGUGACACCCCCAAGUCCUCAGCCAAAACCAUUCUGCCCACUCAGGCUGACAUCCCCAAUUCCCCAACCCAAACCAUUCCGCCGGAUCAGGCUGACACCCUCAAUUUAACAGAAGAAACCAUCCCACCAAAACAGGGUGACAUUCUCAAUUUCCCAGCCAAAAUCAUUUCACCCAAGCAGGCUGACGCCCCCAAUUUCCCAGCCAAAAUCGUUCCACCCAAGCAGGCUGACAUCCCCAAUUCCCCAACCCAAAUCAUCCCACCCAAGCAGGCUGACACCCCCAACUCCCCAGCCAAAAGCAUUUCACCAAAGCAGGGUGACACCCCCAGUUCCCCACUCAAAACCAUCCUGUGCAAGCAGGCUGACAUCCCCAAUUCCUCAGAAAAAAAUACCUCACCCAAGCAGGGCAAUACCCCCAAUUUUCCAGCAAAAUUCAUUUUGCCCAGGCAGGGCCACACCCACAAGCUCUCAGCCCAAACCAUUCUAUCCAAGCAGUGUGACACCCCAAAGUUCUCAGCCAAAACCGUUCUGGCCAAGGAGGGUGAUGCCCCCAAGUCCUUAGAAGACACCAUCCAGCCAAUAGAAGGCAACCUGCAGUCAGCAGAUGAAGCCAUGGAGGUCCUGGAGGAGGACCUGGUGAAGGUGAUCCUGAGCAAGGAAGACUUCGAGGUGGCGCUGAAGGAAGCUGGGGAGAGACUGGUGGCUGUGGACUUCUCGGCCACGUGGUGCAGGCCUUGCAGGUCAAUCAAGCCCCUUUUCCGGUCCCUGUCCAUGAAGCACAAGGAUGUGAUGUUCCUGGAAGUGGAUGCUGAUGAGUGUGAGGGGCUGGCGAAAGACUGCAAUAUCGUUUGCAUCCCAACCUUUCAGUUUUAUAAAAAAGAAGACAAGGUGGGCGAAUUUUCUGGUGCCCUUAAGGAAAAACUCGAGACAUUCAUUACAGCAUUGAAGUGA